AUGCUCAAUAUUGGACAGCUAAGCGGCGCGGCUUUUUUUAACCGUGCAUUUGACUCGGCAGUGAUUCGUGAGGAUCUUCUGAGCCAAAAUGUACCACGACAACUUUCUGCACUGCAGCAGGUCCUUGCAUUCAUGACAAUUGGGAGAGACAUGUCAGGCCACUUCAGCGACAUUGCCCCUUUAUGCUCAUCCACCAAUCUCACAAUAAAACGACUUGUCUAUUUGUACUUGAUGCACAACAGUCGGACGCAGCCGCAGAAGGCCGUUCUGCAGGCUGGCACCUUUGUAAAGGACACACUGAAUGACUCCCCACUUGUUCGUGGGGCGGCACUGCGCACAAUGACUUCGUUGCUUGUUCCAGUCAUGGUGGAUUUCAUUACCACACCGCUGCAGCGCUGCCUGGAAGACACGGAUCCGUAUGUGCGCCGCAUUGCCGCGUUGGGCACUUUGAAGUUGUACUACAUUGCUCCGAACGUAUGCGAGGAAGUUGGGCUCCUGGAAAAACUCAAGGACCUUCUCCAAGAUGAAAAUGCAUGUGUAGUGGCGUCGACCGUCGCGGCAAUUUUGGAGCUUCGCCAACUACACGCCCCAGCCGCUCUUGAAGAAGCCAUUGUGUCAAAUAUAUCUCAUGUGCUCGAAGCUGCCGAUGCGGCAACCGGGUGGUAUCAGCAUUACCUCAUCGAGGGAGUUGCCGUGCCAUUCAAAGGUGGUGAACCCACAUUAGCUCUGGAGGAAGCCACAAGGAUAGUUGACAGGGUGUUGCCUUUUCUUUCUUGCUUCAAUGUCGCGACUGCCAUCUCUGCUGUCAAGGUUGUCACUUUGUUCUUGCUCCAGGCGUCUCACCUUUGGUCGCCAUCUGCAGUGAACGAUAAUGAUCGUCGCAAGUUGUCACAGCUGCAAGAGCGCUACGGCCCACGUGUCGCAUCGGCGUGCGUGUCGCUGCUAUACUGCCCCCACUUUGAAGUGCGGUACGCGGUGUUGCGUAAUGUUCACCUAUUACUCAUGACAGGACUGAAACGCUUCUUCAAACCGCACCUCAGCAUCUUUUUCGUGAAGUACGACGACCCGAUCUACAUCAAGCUAGAAAAGGCAGAGAUUCUCCUCGAACUCGCCGAUGUGGAUGUUGGAGAGUUGGUGCUAUCUGAGUUUGCGACGUAUGCCACUGAUGCGGAUGAAGAGUUGGUGCGGAAAGCGGUGCGCUCCAUUGGAUUUCUUGCCGCAAAGGUUGAAACCCUCGCGGCGCAGUGCGUUGAGAAACUUGUUGGCCUCAUUGAUACUGGUCUUAGCUAUGUUGUUCAGGAUGCAGCCGUCGUCGUGCGGACCGUUCUGCGGCGAUACCCUGACAGAUUCGUCAGCGUUGUGCCGAAGCUGUGCGAUGCCUUGGACGAGCUGAGCAGUCCGGAGUCGAAGUCAGCUGUAUUGUGGGUCCUUGGUGAGUACGCGGAGCGUGUAGAGAAGGUAAAGGACAUACUUGACAUAUUUGUGGAGUCCUUUUCAAAUGAGCCGAGGACCGUACAACUUGCACUGCUCACCGCCGUCGUAAAGAUGUACCUGCGAAGCACGUCGAGCGCAGCGCAGUACAACACCACCACGCUGGAACACGUUUUGAAAAUGGCGACGCAUUCCCCACUGCCAGACAUCCGUGACCGUGCGUUUAUGUACUGGCGUCUCAUAAGCAAUGACCGCGAGGCAGCGAAGAAAAUCGUUCUCACGUCGACAAAAGGCACUUCGUUUGUCGCGGUCAAUAGCAUUGAGAAAAACCGACUGCACAGUCUUCUUCUAGAUGUGGGAGACCUCACGUCGGUAUUGCAUCGUCCUCUGCAUCUUAUCUACGGCGACGAGGUGGGUUUCGACGAGAACGAUGAUGACAGUGAAGACGCCAUCGAAGAGCGACCUGCCAACCCUUCACAUCCAUAUGUGGACACUGCAGCAAUUCCAGGAGCGGUGGCAGACAGUCAAGCUGCAAGAAGCCCCGUUACCUGCGGUAAAGAGGCAUUCCAGGUGGCUUUGACAGCCGAAGAGGGCAGCGGACUGGAGGUACGCAUGAGCUGGUCACAACUUGGCAACAAGCUGUUGCUGAACUGCCGCUUCUCGCUCGUUCCUGGUGAAGACUAUACACGUAGUGCGUGUGUUCGCAUGCUUCAGAUCAACAGGAAUAUAUUUGGGCUUGGCUUGGCGCAGGAGUGCUCUGCAGUGUUUCUAGAGUUAGGCCAGAAAGAAGCAGAUACGCUGCAUUUGCAAACGGGUACAAAUAACCAAAAAUCCACAGCGCGGGAUUUGCUCGUGGCGAUCAACGCUGACCCGGUAGGAACACGUUACUUCUUUGCACCACCGGUGCCACCCGCCAUGCUUCUGCUCCCUGCCACGGGUUGCGAUGCAAAUCUGUUUGCCGAGCAGUUUCGACAGCUCAAGACACCAUCGUGGACAAUGCCGCCAACAAUAAAACUUCUCAGGACGGACUCAACGCGGUAUACCACAAAUGCUCUUCGCCUCUAUGGCUUAAGCCUCGUUUAUACUGGAGAACCGUGUGACUCCGGAAUACAGCGUCUGUUCCUUUAUGCAGAAACAAUCGCUGCACAAAAGUUAUUUAUGGAAGUAUCCAUCCUGCAUGAAAACGUUGUCUAUAUAGGGGUCCGGUGCAGUGAUAAGAACGUCUCCCCUGUCUUUGGAACAUAUACAAUGGAGGCCCUCUCCGCCACUGACGUAAUAGAACUCUAG